GCUUUUUGCUUGCCUUUUCUUCGCCAAACAUAUCUUCCCCUUCCUUUUCCUAUACCCACCAUUCUCUUUCCAUUCUGUACAAAAUGCAAUCAUUUUGAACCCACAAUUCAUUAAUUCCACUUUGCUUAAUUAUCAUUUCUGCUGGUUUUACCUCGAAGCAAUUCAAGAAUCCAAAGUUGGGUUCUUUUUAAUUACCAAAUCUUUAUCUGGGCUUUUCACAAUUAAGUAUGGAGAAUGAGUUUUUCCUUAAUGCAGGAAUCCCGGCGCCCCCGGCGUUGCAUUUUGAAACAUCGUCAUUGGUGGAAAUGAGCAGUUGGACGUCUGGGAUGGGAAUUCAAGCAAUGGAGCUGAAUUGCUCUGUUGAUCAGUCUGUGGACUGCUGUUUUAAUCCCAAUUGGGAAAAGUCAACGGAUUAUGGUGUCCAGUUUGACUCUGCCCUGAGUUCCAUGGUGUCGUCUCCGGCAGCGUCGAAUUCGAAUGUUCCCAAUGAGAGCUUCGUGAUCAUGGAGUUGAUUGGGAAAUUGGGGAACAUUGGUAACUCCGGCGAGAUCUCGCCGCAUUCUCAGCCGUUGUUGGCUUCUUACUUUAAUGGCAAUAAUAGCACCAACACUUCCUGUUAUAGCACUCCCCUGAAUUCCCCUCCUAAGCUGAACUUGCGGGUUGUGGACAAUUUGGUUAAAGACAAGCUACCCAGUUUGGGAAAAUCAAUGCCCAUGAAUUCCAGUGUGGCCGAUUUCUCCGCCGACCCCGGAUUUGCAGAGAGGGCGGCGAGGUUGUCCUGCUUCGGCACCCGAAGUUUAAACGGCCGGACGAGUCAAUUCGGGCUGAACAACAACGAAACUCCUUACAGAUCUAACCCGGUGAUGGAUAACGGCAAGCUGUCGCGCGUUUCAAGCAGUCCUUCUCUCAAGGUAAUGGGAACACAAGGCGGUGGAAUUCAGGGGAACAAGAAUUCCCCAUUUCAGGAUCGGUCCGAAGCUGCCAAUUCCCAAGAGGAAUCCACAGUCUCCGAACAAAACCCCAAUGGAGACUCCGGUAUCAAAGCUGCAAACGAUUCGAAUUCGAGGAAAAGAAAAGCAGCAUCAAAAGGGAAAGGAAAGGAAACUUCAGUGUCCCCAUCACCAAAUACUAAUACAAAGGUAUCUGAAACUAAUGAAGAUUCAAAUCCCAAGCGAUGCAAGCAAUCCGAGGACGAAAAUGGUCCUGCUAAAGCUGAAGAAGAAGCAAAAGGUAGCAAUUUGGAUGAGAAACAGAACAAGGCUAACACAAAGCCUCCUGAGCCUCCAAAGGACUAUAUUCAUGUUAGAGCAAGAAGGGGUCAAGCCACUGACAGCCAUAGUCUAGCUGAAAGAGUUCGAAGAGAGAAAAUCAGCGAAAGAAUGAGGCUUCUCCAAGAUCUUGUUCCGGGAUGCAAUAAGGUGACUGGAAAAGCCUUAAUGCUGGAUGAAAUUAUAAACUAUGUUCAAUCAUUGCAGCGUCAAGUUGAGUUCCUUUCGAUGAAGUUAGCUUCUGUGAACACCAGGCUGGACUCUAACAUGGAUACUCUAAUGUCAAAGGAUAUAUUUCAAUCAAACAAUUCUAUGCCACAUUCAAUAUUCCCUUUAGAUUCCUCAGCAUCAUCCUUUUAUGGCCAACAGUCCCAGCAGAAUCCAGCAAUGCAUAACAAUAUUUCUAAUGGGACAAUGAGCCAAUGCCCUGUGGACCCUUUAAACACUGUACUAUGCCGGAGUCUUAAUAUGCAAUUACCUUCCCUAGACCAAUUUACAGAUACUAUUCCUCCUCAGUGCCCAACAUUCUGUGAAGGAGACCUACAAACCAUUGUUCAAAUGGGGUUUGGCCAGAACUCAAACCCGGAAACGCCAUUGCAGUCACAGAAUCUCCAUGGUGAGAAUUAAGGGGGAAAAAAAAGUGACUCUAAAAAGUUAACUCCACCAUUUUGCAGGAAAUUUUGAUGAUGAUUAUCCUUAAUGCAGGGUCAAAUCAAGUGUCCCACAUGAAAGUUGAGCUCUAAUCAGCGUUCUUUGGUCCUGGAUUUAAGGUCUAAAAAGGAGGACACAACGGCUGCUGUAAAUACAAGAAAUUUAAUGUAUGGACCAAGAUGCAUACGUACUCCCACUAAGCCACUUUAUUAUCUUUAGGGUUUAAUCUUUAAUUAGGGAUCAUUCAUCAAUUCCCCCCCUCCCCUCCCCCUCUCCCCCCUCUAUUUUGUCCUCCAAUUCUUUUGUGGACUUUUUCUUAAAAUUAUCCACUGUAAAAUCCUAAUAUCCAUUCUGUAUCCUGGUGCAAAGCCUUUGCAGUCUGCAUGCACCAUGCCUACUACAUGUAUGAUAAAAUGCCUAAUUAGAUUAAAGAGAAUUCCAUUUU